CUCAUUGUAAGUGUGUUGAUCUAUAAGAUGUUCCCAACCAUGAUCAGAUCUUGAUAGAGCACAAGAGAGCCACCUCGGAAUCCCUCAGGAUGCUUGCUCGACAGACGAGCAAUUCACAGACUAGCAGCUCCUCACAAUCACCUUUUGUCUUAGCAUCGAAAUUUUGCCCAUUCAGGCAAGGAGCAUGUUGGAAUACCAAGAAGGUGCAGCAGAUGUUUUAGGAGUGUUAGCCUUUUCAGCACUGCCUUUUGCGGCAGUACAGGCACUGGCAGACAGUGAUCUCGGCAAGAAACUACAGAGAGAUCUGGAAGCGAAUAAAAGUGAGUACAAGAGGGCUGAGCAACAACGAGAGAAGGAACUUGCAGCUGCGCGCGAUGAGAGUCCAUGGUACGGAGAGGAGCGUCCCAAGUGGCUAGGGCCUCUCAGCUACGACUACCCAGCAUAUCUGAGGGGCGGGGCACCUGGCGACUAUGCAUACGACCCUCUGCAGCUGGCGCAAGACCAGGAUAAAUUUGACCAAUAUUUUGAAUUCGAAUUGUUGCACGCCAGAUGGGCCAUGUUGGGCGCCCUGGGAGCCGGCAUCCCAGAGAUACUGCAGUACAGCGGCGUGUCAGACUUUUUGGAAGCACGGUGGUGGGCAGUGGGGGGCGCCAAGCUGCAGGGGGAGGACCUGAACUACCUCGGGGUCUCCGGGCUGCGCAUUGCUGGCGGACAGGGGAUUGCCAUCAUUGCCAUUUGCCAGGUGCUCUUGAUGUUUGGUCCAGAGUAUGCUCGUGCAUGUGGCAUUGAGGCCUUGGAACCACUGGGACUCUAUCUGCCAGGCGACAAGAACUACCCUGGUGGCUUGUUUGAUCCACUUGGGCUGUCCAAGGAUCCUGCAAGCUUUGCAGACCUUCAAGUCAAGGAGAUCAAGAAUGGGCGGCUGGCGCUGGUAGCUUGGGUUGGUUUCGCUGCACAAGCUGCUGUCACUCGCAAAGGGCCGAUUGCAGACCUUCUGGAUUUUGCAGCCGACCCAGUCCACAAUAACAUAUUUGCUUACCUGAGAUGAGAGACAUUUGAGAGUUUGAGAACGUGCAGUUCCAUGCAAUGUUUGGCAAAAUGGUUGUAACUUUACUACGGGG